AUGCCAGCAUUUAAUUCCGAGGCCAUGCAAUUCUGGGAUUGUAUCGUGGUGGGCGGCGGCAUUGCUGGUUCCGUCGUUUCGAACCGGCUGCUGCAACAAGACCCGUCUCUCAAGAUCCUGUUGAUCGAGGCUGGGCCUAACACGCACGCUGUCGAGGGAAUCGAGUGGUUCGACAUGAACAGUUCUCUUGGCAGCGACUACGACUGGGGCUUUUCCUCAGUGCCGCAGGCUCACCUCAACAACCGAGAGAUCAUCUCGCCCGUUGGCAAAGGCUUGGGUGGCGGUACCAUCAUCAACGGAGCCGCUUGGGCCCGUGGACACAAGGUUGACUACGAUAUCUGGGGCGAAAGGGUUGGCGAUGAAAGAUGGAGUUACGAGGGCCUUCUGCCGUACAUGCGUAAGACCGAGACCCUCUUCGAUAACGUCACCACUCCCCUGGCCCACGGUCACAGCGGACCUGUCAAGAUUCAAUCUCCUGGCUCAACGGAAAGAGUCUUUCCACUGCGCAAUGCCGUCCUCGAGUCUUGGAAGAGCUUGGGUGUUGAUCCUCUCCCUCAGCUCGACAACAACGCCGGGAACAACCUCGGUGUUGCUGACCUUCAAGAAAAUCGCGACAAGGGCAAACGUCAGCUGGCAUCUCUCGUGUACUCUCUGGAUGGUAUCACGGUGCUUACCGAGAGCCUCGUGGCCAAGGUUCUGGUAGAGAAAUCCGCCAAAGGCAACCUGGUCUCUCGUGGAGUCCAACUCGAGAACGGUACACAGAUCUUCGGCCGCGAGACGCUCCUGGCUGCCGGUGCCUACCGUACUCCUCAGAUCCUAAUGUUAUCCGGCAUCGGUCCGGCUGAGACUUUGGCGAAGUUUGACAUCCCUCUUGUCCUGGACCAGCCUGCUGUAGGCAAGAACUUCCAUGAUCAUGUGCUUGUCCCUACGGUUUGGCAGCUCAAAAACGCUUCUGAUGGCUAUGCGAAGGAGUCUGGAAACCCUGUUUUCAACCAGUCGCAAUAUAGUCUGGGGGCCUUCAUCGACUUCAUGACAGUUGUCUCCCUUCCCAAAGAUGGUCUGAAGGCUGCGAUCGAAGAGGAUGAAGGGCCUGUUGAGGACCCUUCCGCCCAUCCUCUUCUGAACCAAGACAGAGCUCAUUCUUCCCAUCUUCUGCAGUACUCUGGUGUUUCUGCAGACGGUUCGGCUGUAUUGAUGAUUUCAGUAGUCUUCAUCAACUCCGCGCGAGGCUCUGUGACCAUUCAAUCUGCCGAUAUCAAGGAUGCGCCUCUCAUCGAUCCCAAUUUCUUGGGUACCGCGCUUGAUCGCUACGCUGCUCGCGAAACUAUCCGCCGUAACAUCAGACUUCUUACUUCUAACGAAACUGCGUUGGGUCGCGAGAUCAUUGCGGGCGAACUAGCUGCCGCCCCAUUGACAAUGGACUCUUCGGACGAAGAAAUCGACGCAAGAGUGAGAGAGAUGGCGACGGGAUGCUACCACCCAGCCGGAACGGCCUCCAUGGGUACGGUUGUCGACACGGACUUGCGAGUUAUUGGCGUAUCAGGCCUUCGAGUAAUUGAUACCUCGGUCUUUCCUGUCUCCGUCUCCGCCAACUUACAAGUCGCGACGUACGCGCUGGCGGAACAGGCGGCAGACAUAAUCAUGUCCACGAUGAGGAAGUGUUGA